AAUUUUUAUUCUAAUCUUUUAGUCACAGGAGGAGAGAGCAGCAACAAUAAACUUGUCAGCCUUUCCCACAUUAAUGAAGUUAGUUGUCACAAUUAUGGAUUUAUAUUCCACCAGUUUAAUUUUAGUUGGUUUAUGUCAUUCCACUGAAAUGAAUGAAAACAACUACAAUUGAAGUUCUUCUGGAAAAGAUGCUUGCUUACUAUCUACCUAUUACAUAAAAACCAUUGUGCUAACACUAGCACAUACCUAUAAUUUGAAAGUAUACACCGUUCACACUUAGAAUGUGUGAAUACAUGAAAAAAUACUUUUCACCACGACUGUUGGAUUACAUUGUGAUUGUGGGAACUCGCAACCCAAAUCAUAAUAAUAAUGUAGCACAAACACCUGAGCUGCUUCGUCGUUAUCCAGUUGAAGACCACAAAGAUUUCCCACUUCCAAACGAUGUUAUCUUCUUCUGUCAACCAGAAGGUUGCAUCAGUGAAGGGCCCAGAAGAACUAGUCUGCGAGAAACUACACCUUUUGUAUUUACAUUAACUGAAAAAGAUUCUGGAAUUGUUCGAUAUGGAAUAUGUGUAAACUUUUUCCGUCCUUUUGAACGGAAAACCCAUUCAAGUGACAAGUCUCGUGAUCGUUUUGAUCAUUAUGGAGAUCCCAAUAAAUUAGCACCCCAUCAUGGAGACACUGAUCACCCACAAAGAUCACCAAGGACUAGACGACGUCUAAAAACAGCCAGCCGGGUUAGGAAUAAUACCCUAACAUCACUAUGCAUUGUCAGCCAUCAUCCUUUCUUCUCUACAUUUCGAGAGUGUCUACUUCUCUUACGAAAGUUAAUUGAUGCAUGUCAUGACAGAAGUGGUACACGCAGAAUUGGUGGCUCAAAAUGUUCCACAAGUGUGAGGUUCAGCUAAAAAGUUCAUAGGCUGACAAGAUACUUUCAUGGAAUGUGACCAAAUGAGGUUUAUUUUUCAACAUAAUCCCCCUUGCAGUCCACUCACUUCUUCCAUCAGUGUUACAGUGCUUGGAGCCCAUUGAUGAAAAAGCUUUCUUCCUGUUGAUCAAAAAAGUCAUCAACAACGUGUAUGAUAUCAUCACUGCAAUACUGGUUCCCAGUCAAGUAUUUUACAUGUUGGGAAAUAGAUGAGUCAGAUGGGGCCAAAUCAGGAGAAUAGAGAGGGUGAUCAACCAGUUCAAAGCCACAGUCACACACAGUAGCCAUUGAAAUAAAAACUUUAGUGCUGGAGCAUUUUACUGAUGAAAUAAGUCUUCUUUCAUUUGUUUUCCUGGGUGUUUGGUUUUGAUAACCUUUUGUAACUGCCUCAGCCAGCUGGCAUAAUACUCUCUAUUGAUGGUGUGGUCCUUUUGAUCAUCAUCAUCCAUCGUUUUAUGUCUGUUUUCCAUGCUGGCAUGGGUUGGACGGUUUGACUGAGGUCUGGAGAGCCAGCAGCUGCACCAGGCUACAAUCUGAUUUGGCAACAUUUCUACAGCUGGAUGCCCUUCCUAAUGCCAACCACUCUGAGAGUGUAGUGAGUGCUUUUUACAUGCCACUGGCACAGGAGCUAGUCAGGAGGUACUGGCAUCGGCUGCGUUCCGAUGGUGCUUUUUACGUACCACUGGCACAGGAGCCAGUCAGGGAGUAAUCAAUAAUCACAAUACCAUUUUGCAUCCCCCAAAACUGAGGUCAUCACCUUCUCUGCAGAUGAAACUACCUUGGCCUUCUUUGGAACAGGUGAGAAGAGAUGUUUCCAUUGCAUGAAUUGUCUCUUUCUCUCUAACUCAGUGAUGAUCCCAACAUUCAUUCUGGGUUAGGAAACAUUCAAGGAAACCAGUUGGAUCUGCCUAAAACAAUAUCAGAUUUUCCUGUGAUGUGAUGAACCUGGUGCACUUUUGAUCAGGUGUUAGAAGACAUGACACCCACCGAGCAGAAAUAUUCAUCUUGCCAAGUUCAUUGUGCUGAAUAUUAUCAACUCUCUCACAGGAUAGGCUAUUAGCAUUAGCUAAUUGAUUUAUAGUCAAUCACCUGUCAUCCAUCACCAUGUGGUGAACACGAUCAUUACCUCAGUAAUGGUAGUUGUAGAAUGUCCAGACCUUGGGUCAUCUUCAAGACUCUCCCUUUCCACUUUUGUACAGUUAAUAAAGCUGGAGUGUCAUUCUCUAAUGUAGCAACCUUGUCUACAUGACUGUUGUUGGAAGGCUAAACCCUUUUUCUCGGGUACUUAAUAACAUCACAAGACCAAAUUUUGUCCACUUGCAAGAGAAACUGCUACUAGUUACUUCUGAAGUCAUCUUUGAAUAGUCAGAUGUCAGUUUGCCUGGAAAUAAACAAUGCAGUUAUUGAUAAGAAGAUUUAAAUUAAUGCAUGCAAGAUUUCACAGCUCUGGCAUCUUUUCACCCCACCCUUGUAAUGUAAAAUUUAGUCUCAAUAAAAUAUUUUUAUAAGCAAAAGUUUUAAAUGUUGUUAAUAAUCAUAUUAAUGAGUAGACUAAGAUUCAUCAAAGAAUGAGUUUUAAAAUUGUCUAAGCUUACUGAGGAGAGAGCAAAAAGCAGAUAGUGUUUUAUUGCAAUAUAUUUACACUAGCAAUAGCUGUAGAAUUUCCAGUUGUUUUGAUAACAAUAAGAUGAGUAGAAAGUUAUAGAGAACCAUGAAAUGCAUAAUUUCUUCUGAAAUUCUUUUUUGUCUGAAGCAAUUGUUUCUUGAUUGGUGUAAAGUCCACUUAGGUAUUGUUGAAUGUAUAAUCUAAGGGAAGAACAUUUAUGAAAACAAUAUUCUUUGUUAUUCUUGUCACCUCUUCUAUAUUGAGAGUUGUCUUGUAUUUUAUCUUUACAUCAAGAAGUGAACAUGCUAUAGAAAGAGCUACAUACAGUUAUCUGUUUUGGAUAUGCUAUUAAAGUUAUUUAAAAAUUGUUGAAAGAAUACUGUAUAUAGAAAAUGUAUUAAACAUUCUUGACCACUGAAUGAAAUUGAAGAGCGUGGUCAUUGCCAGUGCCACCUAACUGGCUCCUGUGCCGGUGGCAUAUAAAAAGCACGAUUCAAGUAUGGUCAAUGCUAGUACUGCCUGACUGGUCCUUAUGCCAGUGGCACGUAAAAAGUACUCACUACACUCUCACUGUGGUUGGCAUUAGGAAGGGCAUCCAGCUGUAGAAAUUUUGCCAGAUCAGAUUGGAGCCUGUUGCGGCCUUCUAGCUCGCCUGCCCUCAGUCAAACCGUCCAACCCAUGCCAGCAGGAAAGCGGACGUUAAACGAUGAUGAUGAUGAUGAAUACUAUUCUGCUAUGGUAUGUUGAGAAUGCUUUAACUCAUUUAAUAUGCUCUACUAUAUGUGUGUGUGUGU